GCCUCGGCGGCCGCGCCAGCGACAAUGGCCGACGACGCGGAGAGGUCACUGCAAUCGUUGUUGUCGCUGGGCAACCCCUUUGCGCAGUUCCAGGAUGGGGCCCAGGAGGCGGGCGAAAGCAAGGAGAGCGGGGGCGCUGGCGGCGAAUCGCGCAUGGGUCCUAUCUCAGACUCAGAGUCCGAGAGGCCGAGCGCCGCCGACAAAGGCAACGGCUGCAAGGGCGAGUGGCGCGCCAGCGGCAAGGGCGAGCCCGACAGCGGCGGCGAAGCGGGGGGCCCUUGGGAGAAGAGGCGCAAGCAAGCGACGGCGACCGCCUCGUGGAACUCCCCGCAGGCUCUCAGGGACGAGUCGGACGUGGCAAGGCAGUUCGGCGUGCCAUGGGAGAAGUACGGCUACGGCGGCUGGGGCUGGCAAGCAGGCCACGCGCCGAAGCGGCCUUCGGACUGCAAGGGCAAGGGCGGCGGCAAGGGCGCCUCCUCCAAGAGCGGCAAAGGUCAGGAGCAGAGCAAGGGCGGCGCCUUCUCCGAGCGCAGCAAGGGCGGCAUGGACGGCAAGGGCAGCAAGGGCAGCGCCCCCGAGGGCGCGCGGGCGCCGCGGGCGCAGGCCGCCUGGAACCCUGAUGACCUCGAGGACAUUUGA